AUGUUUCACUGGCUGGACCAAUACGACAUACCGCUACCAUGUACCAGACAGUUUCGAGCUCGAGAACUGGUCUAUCACGAUCUCUGGCGGAAAGGAUACUAUCUUACAUGUGGAGAUCAAUUCGGCUCUGCUUGGCUAGUCUAUGAAGGACUUCCCGGCAAUGUCCACGCGAAGUUUUUAUGUGAUUUUAUCCUUGAUGACGAGAUGUUAUCACCUCUUAAACUGAUUUCGCUUGUACGGGUUGCGACACAGGUGGGCACACUUUGCAGCACGGAAGUAAAACUGCCGAUGUUGUUGCAGGUAAAGAAGACCUUGUUGAUCGCUAUAGUUCCUUCCGACAACAAUCUGCCACAUUACAUCACAUUCGAAUGGUUCAAACCUUACACCAGAGAUGUUGAAUGA